UCAUUGAUUGGUUGUAUGUGUCUGGCUGUAGGUGGGUGAGAAUGGAGCUGGUAAAUCCACCGUACUGAAGCUGCUGAUGGGAGAGCUGACGCCUGUCAAUGGUACCAGAUACGCUCACAGAAACUUGAAGAUCGGUUAUUUCAGUCAGCAUCACGUGGAUCAGCUGGACCUGAAUGUCUGCUCAAUAGAACUGCUGCUCAAAAGAUUUCCUGGUCACACAGAGGAGGAGUACCGGCAUCAGCUGGGUGGGUAUGGCAUCACGGGGGAACUGGCCACGCGGCCGGUGGCGAGUCUGUCAGGAGGACAGAAGAGUCGUGUGGCUUUCGCUCAGAUGACCAUGCCCUGGUAAAACAAACAUCAACACACUCUCAUGGCGUCAUGCUUUUGC